AUCGGGCGGCGCGCGGAGGGUGGUCAGGCGGCCUCUCGCGCGGCUUUCUUCCUUUGGCUCGUGGCGCGCGGAGCAGUCAGGUGAUCGAAAAUGUCGUCUCACUUGCAGUGGAUGGUCAUCCGUAACUGCUCCAGCUUCCUCAUUAAAAGGAACAAGCAGGUCUACAGCACCGAGCCCAACAAUCUCAAGGCCAGGAACUCCUUCCGUUACAAUGGACUUAUCCACCGCAAAACUGUGGGUGUGGAGCCAGCAGCUGAUGGGAAAGGGAUUGUCGUAGUCCUCAAAAAGCGAGCAGGUCAACGCAAACCAGCAACAUCCUAUGAGAAGAUCACCGUGAACAAGAAUGCUCGUGCUACCCUGAACAGUUUGAGACACAUCAUCCGCAAGAAUAAUUACAGACGGGACCUUCGAAUGGCUGCAAUCCGUCGUGCUAGCGCUAUUCUGAAGAGUCAGAAACCAGUUGUGGUCAAGAAGAAACGCACCAGGACUGCGAAGAGUGCAUAAACAUCACAGUUUCACGUGGUUUAAUAAUAAAUGAAGAUUUAAGUAA